AUGAGCUUCUCCUCGCUGCUGUCGCGGGGAGCGGCAGACAUCCUGGAGGAGCUGCAAGCUUUGACAGCCAAGACAAUGGAGAAGGUGGAGGUGACAAAACAGUACGAAGUCAUCCGAGAGCUGGGCAAGGGGACAUAUGGGAGAGUGGACCUGGUCAUCCACAAGGUCAGAGGCACCAAGAUGGCUCUGAAGUUCUUGCGGAAGAAGACAACAAAGCAGAAGAGUUUCCUGCAGGAAUAUUGCAUCUCCCGCUACCUCUCUUCCUGCCCGUACAUCAUCGGCAUGUAUGACAUUGCCUUUGAGACUGAAGAGUACUAUGCCUUUGCCCAGGAGUACGCCGUGGCCGGAGAUCUCUUCGAUAUUAUUCCACCACAGGUUGGACUUUCUGAACACACGACAAAACGCUGUAUCUACCAAGUUGCACUGGCCUUGGAUUACCUACACAACCGCAAGCUUGUCCACCGCGACAUCAAACCUGAAAACAUCCUCAUCUUUGACAAAGAGUGCCGAAAGGUUAAACUCUCUGAUUUCGGCAUGACUAGGAUUGCGGGGACAACUGAGAAGCGGGUGAGCGGCACCAUCCCAUACACAGCACCAGAACUUUGUGAGACUUCCAAGCACAGCGGGUUUGUGGUGGAGUACAGCAUCGACGUCUGGGCCUUCGGGGUCCUGCUCUUCUGUAUGAUGACCGGGAACUUCCCCUGGAAAAAGGCUUUGCACUUAGACUCUUUCUAUUACGAAUUCCUACAAUGGCAAAAGUACAAAAACGCUAACGUGCCAUCUCAGUGGCGUCGAUUCACGCCUCACGCCCUGAAAAUGUUCAGCAAGCUGCUCUCCAUUGAGCCGGAGAAGAGGUGUGCCAUUAAGGAUAUUCUCUGGUACUUUGGCAAGAAUUGGCUGAUUAGCAAGGAGGAGCCUCCGGUGGCUGAUGCUAAAACCAACAACGACGUCUACGUCCACGUCAAACCGCAAGGUCUUCCGUUCCUCAACGGCAAACACUCUCGACAGCAAUAAAUCCGACACCAGCCCCAGUUUAUCGUUCUCUUCGUGCAGCAGCUAUGAGGAUGUUCCAAAAGACAGCAAUUCAAACAUGUUAGUGUCAGCGCCCAUUGAAAUCUGCGUCUGA